UAUGCCUAAUGAUACAUUUUUGAAAAUCUUGAAAAAAGGUCCCUUCCAGUUGUCAUUUGCAAAGACUUUGGCAGCCUAUCUUACAAAAGUGCUUGUUACACUUCAUGCAGCAUCGAUAGCCCAUUGUGACAUAAAGCCUGAAAAUAUCUUAAUAGCCGCAGAUUACAAUUUGAAACUUUGUGAUUUUGGCUUUGCUCGCAUCUGUAAGGAACCGUUGAGACCUCCAGGAGGUACUCCUGGUUACACAGCCCCUGAGAUGUAUGUUAGUCCAUAAGUAAACCUAUUUAAAUGUGAUAUCUUCGCUUUGGGUGUAGUAUUAUUUAUCGUAGUGAUGGGAUUCCCUCCCUUCCAAACAAAUGACCCCAAUGUAAAGGAUGGCUGGUGGGGUUUAAUCCAGAGUAAGCAAUUCGAUCUUUUCUGGAGUAAAUGCGAGUCAUUUAGACAAUAGUAAUUCCCAUAAGAGUUCAAGAAUCUAAUAAUGGCAAUGUUAGAAUGCGAUCCCGAGAAAAGAAUAUCAUUGUAGUAAGUAUUGGAACAUGAAUUUUUAAUGAAUGGAGCUCCAGAAGAGGAGGUGCUAUAGGAAAUUGAGAAGCGAGUGAAGGAAUGA